AUGACGAAGCUGGCCAACGUGUUCACCAAUUUUUUCAAAGGUCGCCAUAUGAGAAAACCGGUGACGAAACCGCCAGAAGCCGUCGGUCAACCCGGUGGCACGCCGAAUAUUGGAGACAAAGAUUCCGUAAAUGAAGGUGGCUCAAAACCCUGUGAAAUGGCCACAUUUUGUGAGGGUGGGGUAAACCGAGCAGAGGGGGAAACAGUGGGGAACGUAAGUCCCAGUUCACCAGUUACUGAUCAAAACUACGUUUGCGAUAAACACAAUGACCAAGUGGUUGAAGGCGCAAUUGCGAAUUGUUUAGAACGGAGUAGUCCCGCCACACCAAAUGAAUAUAACGAGCAUCUAGAUCAAGCUUUGUCACCUUUUGAUAAAGGUCGCCAUAUGAGAAAACCGGUGACGAAACCGCCAGAAGCCGUCGGUCAACCCGGUGGCACGCCGAAUAUUGGAGACAAAGAUUCCGUAAAUGAAGGUGGCUCAAAACCCUGUGAAAUGGCCACAUUUUGUGAGGGUGGGGUAAACCGAGCAGAGGGGGAAACAGUGGGGAACGUAAGUCCCAGUUCACCAGUUACUGAUCAAAACUACGUUUGCGAUAAACACAAUGACCAAGUGGUUGAAGGCGCAAUUGCGAAUUGUUUAGAACGGAGUAGUCCCGCCACACCAAAUGAAUAUAACGAGCAUCUAGAUCAAGCUUUGUCACCUACAACCAUCAACUCGCCUGCAACAACAAGCAAAAUCUUUCCGACAACAACUUCACGUGCACCUGUGCGUGAUCAAGCCACCUCACCCAUUCCAAUUCUGCGUCCAAUUUUUGAGUUUCCCACUAUGCUGGACACCAGAAACUACUUGUUUGACCACUUUGAGAGGAAAAAUGGCCCAAGUCUGAGUUCAUCUUGUCCAAGCUGCUCUUGCCCGGUUGAAGACAAGCACGAGGCUGAGCAAGAUUAUUGGAUUCCAACCCCGAAAGCACCAGUGUUUAACAAGGACACAACGGAUUCCUGGAUGUCAGUACCCAGAGAUGAGAAGAGGCUACCGCCAAACGGUGAAUUCUGA